UCGCUUGUUAUGAAGUUGUUUGAAGCCAGAAGCUGGUUUUGCUGCACGAGAAAAGAAGCUAUACUGCCGCCUCGAUUGCUCUAGUGAAUGGCUGCAUAGCCUGUAUUUGUAGCUGGUUACUUGUGAUUUAUAUUCUUGAUGUCGGAUAAACAAGCCGCAGUUAUCUAUCGGCGAGUGACUCGAUCGGCGAAUGGCUUCGCGAUCAUGAAGAAACAACACUUGUCUUCUUUCGUAGCUGGUCAAGGUACUUUAGUUCCAUGUGUUUUCAUGUGUUUUUCGACAAACUUUCAAACAAGCUCUUGUGGCUUUUUUGUUUGUUUUUGUCUUUUUUCUUUCGAUGCAUUUCUAGCAUUCUAAGAAAUGAAUUAAAACGAUUUGCUUCGGGCACCGUUCCAUCCUUCGCGAAAAAAAAUCUCAGCUAGCUUCCAAUUUUAAACUGACGCGUACGCCGACCAUAUAUGGAGAGCAUGGUAUAAUAGCUCAUAUACCAUAACGGCUAAGCCAAUCAAAAUGCUAGAAUUGCAUUAUCCAAUGAUUCAGUUUUUAAUAAUAGUUUUUAUCUGACUUAUAUUUCCUUAAUAGCUUUGUAGAUAUUUUUAGGGGGUCAUCUUACAUGAGGAUUCAGUUCCUCCAAAAGGAGGGCAUUUUGCAUGCGCAUGCGUGAAUCCGCUGAACGACAAUAGCGUGGACGCAUUAAAUCUAAUGGCGGGAAAUCGAAAACUCGCGCGUAAAGUUACAGUCCUUUUAAAAGCCAUUUCGUUGGUGCUUUGAAUACCGUACUUUCCUACAAUCGGACGUUUUCUACGCGGGUUUUCACUUUUAGAUUUUUCAGCAGUAGGUUUUCUUGGCCUUUUAAAGACUUUCAAGACUCAACGCCAAAAGGUCAUGUUCCUGUAUAAGUCUGAUUUUCACUGCAAAGCAAUGCAUUUCUAUGGUUUGAUUUCCGAACUCGCGGUUUUACUUAUCAGGGAGGAAAUGCAUCGUAGCAAUGUUCAGCUGUUUUAAGACAAAAAGCGAAAAAAAUAUUACUACGCGAGGUUUAUUUAUUAGCGCCAUGUCUCGUGUUAAACUGAUCGCAGAGACACGCGCUUAUAUAUGCCACAAAACAUGAAAUCUAUGGGGUUUUUACAGUUUUUCGAAAGUUUUCGCGGAAAAAUUUAUAAAAAAUAUUCUAUAGGAAAUGAAGAAUGGAUUGAGUUUGAGACAGUAACAAUUACAGGUGAUUAUGUAGUACAUAAUCACUUUAGCAUUUCAUAAGCUCAGUUGCAGACAAAACGAAUUCACAUACUUCGAAAAAACGAAAAGUACUUUUAUUUUUCUUUAACUCUAAAAGAUACAGAGAUUUUCCUAAGCUACUAUUUUGAAGCGACUCUUGAGUAACAGCUCCUGUGUUCCACAAUCGAUUUCUUGUUAUUAAUUUAUAUUUGAUGACAGUAGUGAUCCAUUCAAAACAGAGAAUGGCCAUCACUCCAUAAAUCUAACUGACGAUGUUGUUCACCUUCAAAGCCUGUUUAAACGUAAGAUAGGAAGUUUGUUAAAGGGUGCAUAUAAUGCUGUUUCCUCAAAAAAUAAACACUUCUGCUAAAGGAUCCAAAUGAGCUGGGAUGCGACAACAAACAUGAAACAAAUGGAUGGAUGAAUUUGUCUAUUAUUAAUGUUUCUGUUGAGAGCUUUUUACCGUAUCCAGAUGAACCCCUUAUGUCAGUUGUACAUCAUGGAAGAAUUAUCAAACAGAAACUGAUGCAUUAAACAAGAAUGUGGUUCAUUACAGAGGAGAAGCUGGUCUCAGUCAACAUCCUUCGUGAAUGAAAUAUCUCACAAAUUAGCAUAUCAACAAAUGUAGUAUCCACAAAAUGGUAUUAUUUAGAAAUAAAUACGAUUUUUUUGCAACAGAAGCAAGGAUUUAUUCAAAAGGUGUAUUGAUAACGUUUCAUUUCGUGCUAUUUUGGGGUUGGGGAGUUAGGCUAGAUUUUCUUUAAAACGCCAAAAUGUUAUAUCUAUUUGCAUAAUAAAUGUAAACAAACAGUGUACCAUCAAAAUAAGGUGGAAAAAAUCUGAAUUCAAACCGAUUGGUGUAAUUUUUUUUCCUUUGUAUAACUAAAUGACAGAAUAUUCUUAUUUUCAAACCACAAUCUUACUGGCAUCAUUAUAUUGAUUUAAAUUUAUAGUUGAAGUGCGUGUAUUUUAUUUCUUAACGAAGACGUACCGGAGAAGAAAGCUUAAAUUACUGGAGAAGGCGAUUUUUCACAGCCUUCAUCAAAGCGCCAUUCAUUUGCGGAAGUAUUCUUAGUUUCAUUAAUCAUUAACUUAAUUUGGGGAGAAAGGCAAUAUUUCGAGAUAAACAUGCCAGAGAAAGGGUGAAAAACAGUUUCACGGCAGAAUGGACACUUAAUUAACCGCUGUAUUCCUGAAAUGAUUAAGUUCGAUUUUAGAGUUAUACUAAUGAGAAGAAUUAAGUAUCUAUAGGAUAAUUGUUUAACGAAAAACUAUCAUACUGACCUUUUCCUCCAGCUCAAAAAAUGUGCGCCAAAUGUUAUUUGGUAAGAACAUUCAGCCGCCAUCUUGUCUUCGAUGCACUGUUUUACGAAAGGAAAGACUGUCCUCUCAAGGGCUACAGCGAGGCUACAAUAAACUCACUUUCAUCGUAGAAAUACCUAGAUACCUUAAAUAACAUGUUUGUGGAACGUAGCAUCCAAUACACGUCAUUCAGCUCCAGAAAACAGCCUGAAAAUGCUGGUACUGAACGUAAACAAUUCACAGAAAAUGCCUCUGUGGCACUUCAACAGCCCAUAUUGACGCAUGCGCAUACAAAAUGCCCUCCUGUUAGUUCCUCCCUGAUGGCAGCCUUUUUGUAUUGAUUAUUACAAAUAAAGUUGUUAUAAAUAAAUUAAAUAAAUAAAUAAAUAAGUAACUACUAGUAAAUACCAAUAACUACUAGCAACUACCAGUAACUACCGAAAACUACUAAUAACUACUGAUAACUACUUGUAACUACCAGUUAUUACAGACAACUAGUGGUAACUACCAGCAACUACUAGUAACUACUUUUUAACUACCGACAACUACUAAUAACUACCGACAACUACUAAUAACUACCAGAAACUACUAGUAACUACCGAUAACUACUAGCAACUGCCAGUAACUACCGACAACUACUAGUACUACAAGUAACUGUUAGUAACUACCGACAACUACCAGUAAAUACCAGUAACUACUAGUAACUACCGACAACUACUAGUAACUACCAGUAACUACUAGUAACUACCGAUAACUACAAGUAACUACUAGUAACUACCGACAACUACUAGUAACCACCAGCAACUACUAAGAACUAACAGUAAAUAAUAGUAACUACGGAUAACUACUAGUAACUACCAAUAACUACCAGUAACUACUAAUAACAAGCAAUAACUAAAAGUAACUACUAGUAACUACCGACAACUACUAGUAACCACCAGCAACUACUAGUAACUACCAGUAAAUACUAGUAACUACCGAUAAUUACUCAACUACCACUAGCUAUUAGGGAGAAGACAGAAUACUACAUAUUACACAGAGUGUAUAUUACCGGUGCACUUGUGGCUUUCUACCAUGAAGUAUAUACCGAGCUUGCUGUUUUCUCGCUAAGCUUAACAAGUAACGCUUUGGUCUCCUCUUUAGUUGGUGUCUUAUGGAUGAUUACUAGAUCUGGCAGAAGGGCUGCCAGAUUCUCUUCAUGGGUCCAGGAUCUGUAUCUCUAUUGAUUAUUAGGAUAUUUGGAUGGGAAAAAAGUGCUUUUUAGUUUGUUUAGCUCAAGGUACACACAUAAUGUGAUUUAUUUAGGUGGCCAUCAUGUUAUCAGGGCAAAUAUUAACCUACAAAGAGUGGGAGGGAGAGGUGGGCUAUGAAAUUCCAGCCACAUUGAUGGGGGAGCUUUUAAAAUUUAAUGACAAGAGGAGGGGGGCCCUUAAAUUAUUUCAGAAGUUCCUCUUAAGGUGGCCCGUUCCUAUUUAAAUGCGUGUUGGUUAUGUUUUUGAUUCGCGUUUUUCAGAACGAAAGAUUCAACCGAUUUCUAUGAUUUUUGGCAUACUAAAUAAAUAAUAAUGGAAAUUUAAGAAAAUGUUAUUUAUUUUUUUGUAGGUGUAAAAACGUUUGAGAUAUCGGCAUAUAUUUAAAACCGCAUUUUUACGAAAAAUGUGAAUAACUUCGAAAUCCCACGACAAAUUUUUCCCUAACUUCAGCAAAUAAGCCUGAGAGCUCUCUAGUUUUAUAUCUGCAAGUUUGAAGGCAAUCGUGACCGUGGAACUCGCUGCACAAAAUUCUGGUCAAAUUUAACCUUAAAAUGCUACGCUAACACAUUUGUGAAAGUUGAAGCACGAAUAGAGGAAGACUGCCGACAGACUAUCUCCUAUCUGAAAGGAUAUUCCUACCUAAAGCUUUAUUGCAAGAAACAGAGUAAUCGGAAAGUUACGGCGAAUACGGUUAGCAAUUUUAAGCUGAGUGCGCGGUGAUAUUAAAGAACUUCUAUUCAUCAAACUUACUUUGUAUUUGUCCCUCUCUUUUGAAAACAAAUCUUAACAAAGCAAAAUAUAGCAUCUACGAAAAACUCUCAGGAGUUUUGAACAUCGCAGGUUCCCGUUCUGAAGAGAAAUAAGGCCAACAACGCCAGUACUUCUAACCAUCCAUUUUUCAGCUGCAAUGAACCCUUCAUAUUUGAUAAUUUAUUCACGCUUCUAAGACUUACCAUCACAUUUGCACGGGCAGUUUGCUGUUGGGGAUAAUGAGAAGAAUAAGACGAUUGUCAUAUUUGUCUUCAUCUUUAUUCCCAAGUGGUAAACUUCGCAUGCGAAUGUGAUGUCAAGUCUAAAAAGCUUGAAUAAAUUACCAAAUACAAGGGUUUUCAUUGCAGCUGAAAAAUGGAUGGUUAGAAGUACUGGCGUUGGUGGCCUUAUUUCUCUUCAGAACGGGAACCUGCGAUGUUAAAAACUCUUGAGAGUUUUUCGUAGAUGCUAUAUUUUGCUUUGUUAAGAUUUGUUUCCAAAAGAGAGGGGACAAAUACAACGUGAGUUUGAUGAAUAGAAGUUCUUUAAUAUUAGCGCGCACUCAGCAUAAAGUGGUUCUUCUUGUGGUGCUAACUAUGUUCGCCGUAAGUUUCUGAUUACUCUGUUUCUUGCAAUAAAGCUUUAGGUAGGAAUAUCCUUUCAGAUAGGAGAUAGUCUGUCGACACUCUACCUCUAUUCGUGUGGCAACUUUCAGAAGUGUGUUAGGGUAGCAUUUUAAGGUUAAAUUUGACCAGCAUUUUGUGCAGCGAGUUCUACGGCCACGAUUGCCUUCAAACUUGCAGAUGUAAAACUAGAGAGCUCUCAGCCUUACUUGCUGAAGUUAGGGAGAAAUCUGUCGCGGGAUUUUCGAAGUUAUUUACAUUUUUCGCAAAAAUGCGGUUUGAAAUAUAUGCCGAUAUCUCAAACGUUUUUACACCUACAAAAAAAUAAAUAACAUUUUCUUAAAGUUCCAUUAUUAUUUAUUUAGUAUGCCAAAAAUCAUAGAAAUCGGUUGAAUCUUUCAUUCUGAAAAACGCGAAUCAAAAACAUAACCAACACGCACAUAAAUAGGAACGGGCCACCUUAAAUAACUUUCGGCUUUUAAAAUAUUGCAGAUCUGUUUUUAAAUAUAUUUUUACCAUCCUAGGACAAGAAACUGGUCCUGACCCCCCUGGAGAGAGCUGAGAAGGCAAAAGUAAGUGUCAUAACUAUUUUCGCGUACCUUUCAAUCGUACGCGUCAUCCUUACUAUCUGAGAGCCUGGAACUGGCUUUAGUAAGUUCUGUGAGAUAUUGUGCAUUUCACUUAAAUGGAAGGUUUGAAAAUGCCAAAUUGGUAACUAAGCAGAGAGGAGUUUAGGGGCCGACCAUUUGACUUUUUAGGAUGGUAUGGGUGAUUUCAGAAAAAAUAUCCUGCAGACUGGCAAAUAUCAUUUAACAUAGCGAAAAUGCCAUGCAAUCUCUUUCUCUAUAAAACUGAAGAGUAUUGUUACACCAUACAUUCUUAAUCGUCAUAUAUUGAAUACGGACUACCACCAUUCAUAUCUAGGCAUCAUACUCUCACAGGACUUGAAAUGGGUAAAUCAUGUUGCGCAAAUGUCCUCAAGUACUAAGUAGACUCUUGGUGUUAUCAGCAGAAAUUUUAGGCACACCUUCGUACGAUGUAAAUUUAAACUUUAUUGUAGCCUAGUAAUUAAGACCUAAACUAGAAUAUGCUAGUUCCGCAUGGUAUCCCUAUCCUCCGAAAUAUAAGUAUCAUGAUCACCUAGACAUUGUUCAACGUUCUGCUGCUACAUGCUGAUUAAGUAAUUACUCAAGACAGCCAGGUGUUGUAACCAACGUGCUGGAGAAACUAGAAUGGCCCUCCCUUGAGGGUGGACGGAAGUUCUGUGGAUUGACUAUGUUCCAUCGUGUUGUCAACAGAAAUGUUGACAUUGAUAUUGUGGAUUUCACAAUAUCGCUGAUAUUGCUCAUAUCUACUGCGCGCUAAUUCGCUCUGUACUAGAGUACGCCUCCGCUACCUUUGCUGACUUGCCUAAGUAUUUUGCUUGCUAUCUUGAGAACGUGCAAAAAGGGCCCUUUCCAUCAUUUGGCCUGGUAUUUCGUAUGACGCAGCACUUGACAAAGCUGCAUUAUCCACUCUUUCUGACCGUCGGGCAGUCUCGUGUAUUAAAUUGAUAGGUAAGGUUCGGUCAGGUAACCCAUUAUACCCCAUGGCCACCAGGGCUGAACGUUUCUCAAUUUUGUUAGUGUUAAAUAUCAAUCUUGUCAAUAAGUAGCAUAUUAGUGUACAUGUAUACAUCACAGCUUGUAAAGUAUCCUACAAUUCAGUCUUCUGACUGCAAAAGGGACAAUAAACCAGUGAUUUGAGAGAGAUUUGUAUUCUAACUCCUUUUUCCCACACCUCAAGAGAUGGCAAUUCUAUGUUAUUUGUAAGACCUCGCUCCAGUUGUGAUCGGCAUGCAAAUAGCUUCUUCCCAUGGUCUAUUAAACUCUGGAACAAGUUACCCGGUAAUAUAGUAAACUUUGAUGACGAUGACAUUUUUAAGUCGACAAUCCGUAACCAUCUUAUUAAGCAAGGAGAGUGAUUUUAAUUUUUAAUUUGUGAAUUUUAUUCUACUUAAGGUGGCUCGACUGGAUUUUUUUGGAGGGAUACCUCCCAAGUUUGAGCAUUAAUUACGUCGCCAUGAGUAAAGAUAUGGAAAAAAGGUUUCCACAACUGUAUUAUAUAAAGAUGAAAAUUUCUUAUGAUUUGGGUUUUAUUGCAAUUGGAGUCGCCAUGGCAACGUAACGACGCCAUUACGUUUUUCAUUUAUCUUUGUGUUUCUCUGUACCAUGAGUUUUUUAAGAAUUCGCUUAAGGGAGUUUGUACCUGCCAUAAUUGCCUCAAUUAUGGCGAAGUUUGAACAAAUUCUAUGAGAGCGUUUUCGAAAUAUUUUGAAGCGAAGUUUUAAGCAUCAUAUAAACAGUGAAAUAGCAUGCUAUCCACACAAUUAGCUAUUUUUUAAAGAAAAGAAUAAGCAUUGGAAACCCGGAUUCAUCUCAUAGUGGUUUGAUUCCAUUGAAAACUGCCUACAAAAAAAGAGGGGAAUUGCUCUGGGCGAUCGCGACUAAGAAGAAUUUUAUUAACUUGCAUUCAGCUGCUUUUGUUACAGUUUUUGCACGUAAUUUGGUCCAUAUUAAAGAUGAAACAACAACAACAUGAUAUUAAUUUUGAGGAGGACUCGGAAAAAAAUCCGAGUCCCAGAUGGGAUUUGAACCCACGACCCUCCGUGAUCUAGUAGGAUGCUCUAACCACUUGAGCUACUGGAGACUCUAUGGUGAGCAAGGGCCAAUUUGUGGGUCUCGACUGGAACCGCAUCACGCGGCUACACAGCCAAGUAAUGACUGGCACACAAGAACUCACUAACAGCAUCGCGCUGUCACCCUACCAUCGCGCUGUCACCUGUCAUGCCUACAAAUUUCGCAUUUUUCAUAAACCCGCACGAUAAAUUUUUGUAUAAAUUUGAAAAUCCCGAGAUCAAUCGUUAAUAAAUAUACGCUGCAAGUUUCAAGAACGUUGAAAACAGGGAAGGCUUUUAAAUAGGGCCUCAAAUAUGACCAAUUUUUCCCCCAUAUUUUGUGUUUACAAGUGAGCGUCCACAUUAUUCACUGGCAUUGUUUUCAAGUUUCAUAUGCACGUGCACAUUUAGCAAAAAGUCAGAAUUUGCAUCAAAAAGGACCCCCGGUUAAAUCUCUGGAUUAUGCUAAUAACCGGGUAAAGAAGUUGGUCAUAUAUUAUAACACCACAGCAACUCUUUGUAAAAGUUUCUGUGAUGUUAUAACCCAAGUAAGAUAAUUAAGUGUUGCAUCCUACAAGAUGAAGGGGCCUCUCUAGGGAAGGAGGGGGGAGCUUUGGUUGUCUGAGACUGAAUUGCGCAGCAAGUUUGCAAUUGGGGGCGGGAGGUUCACUUCAAAGGCGUUAGCGUGAGUCCCCGAAGGGGUUCCGGAGGCAUGCUCCCCGGAAAAAUUGUUAAAUUUAAGCCCUCUGAAAUAUCUGGAAAUGCAUUUGAAAAUAACAUCGUGUGGGGAAACUUAUAUACUUUCAACAACAAAAAAGUCGCCACGCUCGGUGUUGCAACUGAUCUUUUCAAGUAUAUAGGAAGCAUCUUUGGACGAAAGAGCAGAUUUUAUUUUUUCUUUAGUGAGCUCUGUACUUGUUUUUGCAUCUCCCUUAGCUCUUUAAGUCAGGCGUAUUCUUUCUCUUAGCAACCUAAAGGAUGCUAGUUCGCCUACUCUGCGAGCGCCUUUAGUUGGUACUGGUGAUCGGACCCGAAGGUAUCUUGGAACAAAGCGGUUUUUAACACACCUUAUGAGAAAGGCGAGGUGGUUCGAGUAACGUGUGAGCUUCUGUGAGCAUCGCUCGUGCGACGGAUCAACCUUAGGGCUGGGCGCCCAUAUUUCUGGUCAAUGUCGUGAAAGAUAUUAAUCAUCGUGGAUAAUGUGUAUAAAGGGUUUGGUUUUAUCGUUUGUCUCACGAUUGUCACUUUGAUAUUGAUCGCGACGUUUCGACCGCCCACUGCAGGUCUUCAUCAGGCGAUCGUGUCGAUUUACUGAGUCGAACUAUUUGUACCACCGUGGUUGUUAGUGAUUGGUGUAUCACAAAUCUCGCUCAUGUUUGGUGGGUUUCGAUCUAAAGGAUUGUUGGCAUUGUGAGAGGAAAAAAAUGAUCCCUCGGCGGUCCGCUGUCGGUUGUCAUGUUGUCUGAUUGUAGGCAUCCAAGCUUCAGAAUGUCAAUUCCACUGCCCCUGUUCAUCUUGGUACAAAUAGUUCGACUCUGAGCUGGAACAAUAUUUCAAGCUGAAAGAGUCUUUGUGAGCCAAACUCAAAGAAAAGAAAACCCUGGGACCGAUUUUGAAAAAAAGAAAAAAAAAACUUCUUGCACAAGUCGUCGAAGAAUUACAAAAAAAGCUGGCCACCGAAUAAUUUUCUCUCUUAAUUUUCAUUUUGAACAUAUAUAACUCUUAGAUAAUGCUUGCAGCAUUCUUUGCUUUGGCAUUUUUUCUCAACGGAAUUGAAACUCCAGAAUGUCAAAAAGAAAUUCGUUUGAUACCCCAAAAAGCCGUUUUACUGGUCUCGAGGAGGCGAAAAGGCCUUCUUCUGCAGAGACUUAUGAAAAAAGAAAACAAUAUAUACCCGUCUGCUUGACGUGUGCAAAGGAGUAAUUAAAACGUUUUUUCUCCGGUUAUGAAAUAUGUGCCGUUUGCGACGUGAAAAUGCGAAUUGCCCCUUCUGAGGUUGAAAUGUUUUGCCCAAAAUGCGGUUUGAUCAAACAGAAUGUUUUUUAUAACAACCCCUAAUGAAAAAAAAAAAUAGAAUAAAAACACCUAAAAACUAUUAUUUGCACAAUAGUAUCAAAAUAUUUUUACAACGCAAAGUUUUUAAUUAUGACGUGAUGCUGAUUUCACGGGUUGUUGUGGUUUACAACGCUUUAAAUGAAUUUGUCGAUUCUGACAAAAUACGUUUCAAUAAUUAUAGUUUUUGUCACGUCUGGCGAAAUAACCGAAUGUGAUUUUCUUUGGCAAAUUUUUCGGUCCGUCCGUCCGCACCACAGGCAUACCAAUCUAUAAUAUAAAAGUUGUCGUUACGUCUUUAACUCCGCCAAAUCCAUGAUAUCAUGGGAUAAUCAUCUAUGCAAAGCCUUUUGUAGCUGUGCAGUCUACAUGGCAUUUGUUCCUUUUUUUUCAUACUUUCAAAUCCACAGCUUAUACUGCGUAAUAGCUAGUCACGUUCAACUUGCCCAACGCAACUAAUUUUUAUUACACGAUACAGAUCAAGUCCAAAAGGGAUCCCAUGACUGAUUCUGGUUACACUGAAACGGAGGAGCACACCAGUAAGGUAUGUCAAAAGCGUUUGGAAAGGUAGUCUGGUAGUCUAAAUAGUUUUUACAAUGUUAGUGCUCACUUAUUUACAUUUACUUUUAUUUUUUAAUUUUCUUUUUCUUUUUAUUGUAUUUUGUUUCCUUCUUUUGCGCUGGUAAAAAUAGAAAAAAAAUGAUAUCAGCGCUAUAAGUAGUGGUGGUGGUGGUGGCGGCGGUGGCAGUGGUAGUAGAAGUUGACAUUGAAACUUUACUACAAUGUAGUAUAUACUACCAUUAUACCACUACCACUUUAUUGCAAUUUAAAAUGUUCCGUCUCAAUAGGAGAAAACACAAACGCAGUUAGUAGUAGAGCGCAACGCCCCAUACUUAAAAAAAAAUUAGUAAUCUAUCCAUCCGAUAAGUUUUGGUACUCACGUGACCGUACGCCCAACGGUUCGUCCGUCCGUCCGCACCAGUUGUUGGCUGAAAAGUUUGACCGGUUUCAACUUUGCGCAACAACAUCUAACAAUAUGCAACAGGGUGUGGAAACGGACGCAACAUGUAACAUCCAACAAUGUUGGGAUUUGUUGGCCAACAAUGUUGCGUCCGUUUGCACGGGGCUUAAAGGCAUCAGUGAGAAUAAAGCAUUUUCAUUCACGUGGCCAGUAUCUAUGCAAAUGUAUUGGAACAAAACAAGGCUUUAACGUAAGAAAAAAGUUUCGAUUCCCAGAGGAUCGGUCUGGGACACCGAGGUGGCCGACGUUUUAUUGUUUUGGGACACCAAAAUGGUGGACGUGACAUCAUGUAAAAAGGCUCUAUAGAAAUAUAUAUAGGGCAUCCGAUUGUGCUGGUUGCUAACACACACGAGAAAUCCUUACACUGCCUGCGCGAUAAAAUUAUAAAUUUACAAAUUCCAUAACCGCGAGGAAUAGAUUAAUAAAUAGAUGAUUAUAUUUAAGUUGCUCAAUUCAACAUACUAUGAUACAGAUUAAAUUUACAUGGACAAUUACCACAAUCCGGAAUAAGUACGUGUGAUCAAAUGGUGACGAGUAGAAUUAGGGAAUAAUUUCACGCGCGUUUUGUCCAAAUCUUAAUAAUUUCCCGAGCCUUCUAAUGGGUGACCAAUUACGUUAGCAAUCUUGGAUUUUUGACAUCUUUAUCCUGGAUCGUAUCGAUCGAGAAUUCCAGUCUCUCAAAUGUUUAGACCUUAAAUUUGGCUUGUAAAGCUGAGAAUUUUUCAGACUUUUUCGGCAAAAUACCUGUUAGAAUCCUUCUUGAUGUUCUCUUGUGUGUUCAGGUUUUCUAAAGCGUCUUUUUGUGCCCUGACAUCUUCAUUCACGGCAUUUUAAAACUUCGUCGCCAUCUUGACACUGAGACGUACGGAAGGGUUGCCAUGGCAAUUUUGUAAUUUCACAUGUGAAAUUACAAAUUAACGCUGAAAUUUCGCGCCAAAAUUAAGGAGUAAUUCGUCACCUAUGAUAUUAAAAUAGUAACAUCAAGUAGAGGGCGAUUUGGGAUCAUCCAAAUAGCAAAGGCUAAUUUUGUGGGUGACCCCAAAAGAAUACAAGAAUUAUUAUUUUUAUAAAAAGUGUUUCUUGUAGAGCUACGGCAGACAAUAUAACAAUUAAGCAUAGACAGGAGCCCAUAGAAUUCUGGCAUAGAAUUCUUCAGAGCUUUACGAAACAGCCUAAGAGAAUGUGAUUUAGUAAUACAAAGAGGCAAGGAAUUCUAAAGUCGAGAACCAGUGAAUUUUAGGGAGCGAAGGCCAUAUUGGGUAGUGUUAACAGAGGUUAGGUAAAGAUUUCCAUAACAUGAUUGGCGUGUUGAAUAGGAAUGAACAGUUGAUGUGAAUUUGAAAUAGUUACUAAAACACGGGGGUAACAGUCUAAGUGACCAUUGAUAAACAAAGGAGAAAUAGGAGGAAUAGGGGAUGUAAAUACACUGAGAACUAUCAAGGUUGGAGGAAUUAAUGAGCCUUUUUAUUCGGAACAAGAAUGGCACCAUAAGGAAUUUCACAGUUUUAAACCCCAUUUGAAAUUAUUGCAUUUUGUGAGUAUUCUAUUUGUUUAAUCAUUCUAGGACAAGAAGCAGGUCCUAACCGAUAAAGAGGGAGCUGAGACGGCAGAA